AUGGCCAUUUCCUCCUACAUGAAGUGGGCCGCGGUCACUCUGGCCACGGCUCAGCUCGGUGCUGCCCAGACCUACACCAGCUGUAACCCGCUGAAGAAGACAUGCCCUGCCGAUACCGGUCUGGCCAAGUGGCAAUUCAAUACGGACUUCACUUCUGGCUCAUCGGCCUUUAGCAAGUGGAACACUACGUCAGGAACCGUCGAGAGUACUUCGCUCGGUGCCAAGUUCACUAUCUCCGAGGAGGGUGAUGCUCCCACCAUUGAAAGUGACUUCUACAUCUUUUUCGGUCGCGUCGAGGUUAAGAUGAGAGCCGCCAAUGGCACCGGUAUCAUCAGUACUACCGUGCUGGAGUCCGAUGACCUGGACGAGAUUGACUGGGAGCAAAUCAGCACAUACGACUAUUCCGUCCAGACCGACUACUUCGGCAAGGGCAACACUACUUCCUACGACCGUGGCACCACCGUGAAUGUCACCACACCGGAAGAGACCUUCCAUACUUACACUGUCGAUUGGACCUCCAGCCGUAUUGAAUGGCUGCUGGAUGGUGAUGUUGUCCGCACCCUCGAGUACGCCGAUGCACUGAACGGCAAGAACUACCCUCAGACCCCCAUGCGCAUCAAGAUCGGUAUCUGGGCCGGCGGUGACCCUGACAACUCCGAGGGCACCAUUGAGUGGGCUGGUGGCGAGACCGACUACACUGCCGGUCCCUUCACUAUGUACGUUGAGUCCGUCAAAGUCACCAACUACAACCCGGCAGCGGCGUACAAGUAUACCGACAAGACCGGUGCCUACACCAGCAUCAAGGCCACCAACGGUACCACUGCGACCAACUUGGCAUCCUCCUCAAGCUCUGUCAAGGCCGCUUCCAGCUCGUCGUCUUCCAAGGCGUCGUCGUCCAGCGCCAGCGCCAGUGCCAGCGCGUCUUCUUCUGCUAGCGUUUCUGCUGCUGGCUCCAUCUCGCUGUACUCCUCUGUGAUUGUGGCCUCCAUGGUUGCUUUUGUUGUUGGAGCCUUCCAGCUGUAA